UGUUACUGGGAGACUGAGUGGAGUGGAGGUGUGGAGAUAUCAGUGUCAUAUAAGAACAUCAGCAGGAAGGGAUGGGAUGAAGAGUGUGUGUUUGGAUCUAAUGAUCAGUCCUGGAGUUUGAUCUGCUCUCCUCACAGAUACUCCUUCAUACACAAUAAGAUAAAGACUGAUCUCUCUGUGAAGCCCAUCAUCAUCAGAAGAAGAAGAACAGGAGAGUAUGAAGAUAUCUACAGAGUAGGAGUGUAUGUGGAUGAGAGCGCAGGAACUCUGUCCUUCUUCAGCGUCUCUGACUCAAUGAGACUCAUCCACACAGUCCAGACCACAUUCACUCAGACACUCUGUCCUGGGUUUAGAGUUUAUGAUUAUAAAUCCUCAGUGAAACUGUGUUGAUGAAUCAGAAGAGACUGAUGAGAUUCUACCCAGAAUGCUUUGAGCUGCAUGAUGAAUCAGUAACAGUGAGAUGUUAUGAGUCUCUUCAAGACAUUAAUACUGCAGC